AUGGCUACUACUACUGCCACAGCCGACACCACUCUGGUUGGCACCAUUCGUGCCAUCUCAGCAGCCCCCUCCCCUCAGCCAACUAUGAAAGCUGUUCGUUUCCACGGCCAACGAGAUAUCCGUCUCGAUACUAUCCCUUCCCCCAAAGUCAGUGCCGGAAAGGUCAAGAUUGCUCCCAAGUUCUGCGGUAUCUGCGGAUCUGACCUGCACGAGUAUCUUGGCGGUGCCAACCUUAUUCCCAAACCCGAAAACCCACAUCCCAUCACCAAAGAGACCUGCCCCCUCACCCUUGGCCAUGAAUUCUCUGGUAUCGUCGAAGAAGUUGGCGAGGGUGUAGAGUCUGUCAAACCUGGAGACAGGGUCUGUGUCCAGCCGAUUAUCUAUGAUGGAGACUGCCGCUCCUGCACUCGAGGUCUUGUCAACUGCUGUGAUCAAAACGGCUUCGUUGGUCUGAGCGGAUGGGGAGGUGGCUUGUCUGAGACCAUGGUCGUUCCAGAAUCCUGUGUCAAGCAGCUCCCCGACAAUGUUUCGCUCGAGGAAGGUGCUCUUGUUGAACCCCUCGCUGUUGGCUGGCAUGCAGUCGACAUCUCCCCAUACAAAGAGACUGACAGCGUCCUGAUUCUUGGCGCUGGACCUAUCGGCCUGGCCGUCGUGCAGGUUUUGAUUGGACGCGGCUGCAAGAAUAUCAUUGUCACUGAAGUCAGCAGCAAGCGCCGAGAAUAUGCCACACAGUUCGGUGCACACCACACCAUCGAUCCUAUCAAUGAGAAUGUGGUGGCAAGAGUGGAGGAACUCACCGGUGGCCUUGGUGCCGACGUUGCCUUUGAUGCAGCUGGUGCUCAAGCUGCCCUUGACACUGCCUUCGACGCUCUCAAGGCCAGAGGAACACUGGUCAAUAUUGCUGUGUGGGAGAAGCGGGCCAAUUUGGCCAUGAAUGGACUUGUUUUCCGGGAGAGAAGCUAUAUGGGAGUGGCCACCUAUAGCCUCGGUGACUUUGAGGCUGUCCUGGACGCCAUCUCUACUGGCAAGAUAAAACCCGCAAGCAUGAUUACCAAGACUAUCAAACUUGACCAGGUCGUCGAAGAAGGCUUCCACGCCCUCAUUAACGACAAAGAGAACCAAGUCAAGAUUCUCGUCGACGUUGGUGCUGGGCUGUCCACCACCGGGUAG